AUUCGUAAGUAGCAAAUACCAAUACCUCUGGUUGCUGGCGUCUAAAAUGUGGAAAUUUAAAUAUACCAAAACUUUGGCUUUACUGCUUCUGUUCGCAGUAGUAACACAUGCUAGUGCUGCAAGUUCUGGUCAGUGCCGCACAAAUGUACAAGACAACUUUUGCUGGCCAGGCCAGACAUGCAUGCCUACACACCAAGAUGGACUGGAUUUUGCCGCCUCUCUUGACGGAGACAUUAUCACACCCACGGACGAAAGAUACCCGAUCGUCACAAUUAUGAUAAACACGCGCGUAACGAUGUUUCCUUACGUCGUCGUAAUGGCAGAAAGCGUUGAUGACGUCAUCAAAACGGUAAAAUUCGCGAACAAAUUCAAUGUCAGGCUUACGAUACGUUCCUCUGGGCACGACUACAUCGGACGGUCCACGGGUGAUGGCACUUUUCAGUUAAACCUCGAGAAAAUGAAGGGUUUGGAAGUCAAACUAAACUCGACAAGAAACGCCGACGGGGAGUUGAAGGCUCAAAGCGGAAACUCCUGGAUCCGCGUCUACACUGAGCUAAAUAAGGUUAACCGAACAAUAAUUGGCGGUUCUGCACACACUGUAUCAAUGGGUGGCUACACGCUGGGUGGCGGACACUCCCCAAUCGGUCGAAAGUUUGGUCUCGCUAUCGACAAUCUCCUUGAGGUAGAGAUGGUAUUGGCGAACGGGUCCCUCGUGUACGCUACAGAUACAGAAACCGUGUACGUCGACCACGAUACCGGAGCACGUCGCAUAUCUCAAAAUACCGAUAUAUUCUGGGCUCUUAGGGGCGGCGGCGGUGCAACGUUUGGGAUAGUGACGGCGUUUACAUACAAAAUUCAUAAGGACUCACGUAUGGUAAAACUUGAGUGCAUUUCUUUAAUCAAAGACGAAAGUGGCAAAGACGUGGGUAGGGCUUUCUUAAAGUCCUUUAACGACCUUCUGUCUACAACAUUAGCUCCAGAAUGGGGAGGAUAUCAAAUGUUAGAACAAGCAAAAGGUCAUACUACGGGUGGUGUUGUUCUGUUAUUGAAUCACUUUGGCGAAUGGGGAUCACCUUCGUUUCACACGAUCGAUCCUUUCUUAAACAAAUACCGAGCGCAGUGUCAGCUCACUAAUAAGACGGACUUUUUGGACUACGAGAAAGACACCAAAGACGCUCUUUAUACGAACAGCUACGUCUUUAACACCUUAAUGCAACCUGGGGGAUUCACUGACGCUUUUUAUGAGUUUUUCUACGAUAUGUUGCUAGGCAACCAUUCUGGACUUCCAAUUCAGAUGGGCUGUAUCGGGACUCUGAUAGGAGGUCACAUGAACGACGUACAACCAGAUGUGACUGCAAUGAAUCCAGGCAUGCGCACAGGGGUCAUGAGCUUGACCUGUUGGGGUGCUUGGGAUCCGGAAAAGGCUGGGCUCAAACCAGAAGAGGAUUAUAUUGCCCAGUUGGCCGACCGCCUAUUGACGUACGGACAGGGGACCUACUUUAACGAACCCUCGGCGCACCUCCCGAACUGGAAGACGGACUACUGGGGUGGACACUACGACCGACUUUUGUCCAUAAAGCGUCAGUGGGACCCGGACCAUGUGUUCACGUGUCUCCACUGCGUGGGCUCUGACACGACCCGCCCGUUCGCACAGACGCCUCAACAGUCACCAAUUUUAGGCACUGUCGUGGAAAACUGUGGCUGAGAUUUGUAGUUUUAUGUGAUCAUAAUUGGAUUAA